CGCCGGCCGCCAGGAGGGUGGUGGCUGUGGGUAGCGGCAGCGGAACCACCAGGGGCGGCUGCGAUCGCUUCCGGCGAGCUGAGAGGAUCCGGAGCCCAACAGCAGCAGCCUCUCCUCAGCAGGCUUAACUAGACCUCUUGCUCCCUCCCCCCGGCCAGGAGGAGCGCUGCCGACUCUGACUGACCAAGCUCGGGCUUAGAGUGAGGUGGGCUCGCCGUUUAACACCCACUACGCCGCCGCCGUGCCCAGCGACAUCUCCUUCUCUCACACCUGCGUCAUGAAGCAUCGCCUUCUCCCUUCACGGCGGUAGACCCUCGUCCUCCUCUUCCUUAACCCAUCACCGACCCCUCCCUCCUUUGGGGCGCCCCCUCCCCUUUAUUUGAACGUUAGACCUUUUCUCCAUCCCUCCCGCCCGCCGUGUGGGAUAGCCUGCCGCCCCCUCGUCCCGAUCAUGCCUAUGAACCCAUCCUUGGUUGGGCUUCCUGCUAGCCUGAGGUCCCUUUCUUGGCUUUGUCGUCUGCCUUAGCGGCUGGUUUGGCUCGGCAUCCAGUCCGUGGGUGGCUGGGUUUUUCUUUUUUGAGGGGGGGCACCUUCUGCCUGGCAAGCGCAGCCGCCGCUGCCCCGGAAUUGGAGGAUGUCUCUCUUCACCAAGGCGCUGCGAGUCUCCAAUCGCUCAAUUUUCGUCUUCAUCUUCUUCUUUUCCUUCUCCUCCUCUUGUCUCUAUUUCAUAUAUGUGGCUCCAGGAAUAGCAAACACAUAUCUAUUUAUGGUACAAGCAAGAGGUAUAAUGUUGAAAGAAAAUGUGAAAACAAUAGGACAUAUGAUCAGGCUGUAUUCUAAUAAAAAUGCUACAUUAAAUGGCACAGAUUACCUUGAAAACAACAAUUCAAGUGAUAACCUUGCACAAACUGCGAUGUAUCUUCCAGAAAACUUCACUUAUUCUCCUUACCAGCCUUGUCCAGAAAAGUUGCCCUACAUGAGAGGCUUUGUUGAUGUCAAUAUGAGUGAAAUUAGUUUUGAUGAAAUUCAGCAGAGCUUUUUGAAAGAUUUAGACAUUGAACCAGGUGGUCAUUGGAAGCCCAGCGACUGUAAACCACGGUGGAAGGUUGCAAUACUCAUUCCUUUUCGGAAUCGCCAUGAACAUCUUCCAAUAUUUUUCCGACACCUGAUACCAGUGUUACAAAAGCAGAGGCUGGAAUUUGCUUUUUAUGUUGUUGAACAGAUUGGAACACAACCUUUUAAUCGAGCAAUGCUCUUCAACAUUGGUUUUAAAGAAGCCAUGAAGGAUGGUGAUUGGGACUGUGUAAUUUUUCAUGAUGUGGAUCACUUACCUGAAAAUGAUAGGAAUUAUUAUGGAUGUGCUGAGAUGCCACGACAUUUUGCUGCAAAGCUAGACAAAUAUAUGUAUAUUCUUCCAUACAAUGAGUUCUUUGGUGGUGUAAGUGGACUAACAAUAGAACAAUUCAAAAAAAUCAAUGGAUUUCCAAAUGCUUUCUGGGGAUGGGGUGGAGAAGAUGAUGACCUUUGGAAUAGGGUUCACUAUGUAGGAUACAACGUAUCAAGACCAGAAGGAGAGCUAGGGAAGUAUAAGUCUAUUCCUCAUCACCACAGAGGAGAAGUUCAAUUCUUAGGACGGAUUCAGCAAUGUGAGAACCAAAGAAUUGCUUCUUUAUCCUUACAAAAUGAAAAAUGCUUCACUAAACAUUUACAUCAAGAAUGAAAAGAAUACAGAUAAAUUAGUUCCUCAGCAGAUGUGCUGCAACUGUUUUGGAUUCAAAAUUGCUUAUUCUUGUCUCUUCUUUAGAACUUCAGCAUAAUAUUUUAUUGUAGGCUGAGCAUUACUAGAUAUUACAAGAGACACUUUUCAUUGCAAAUAAUAUGCAAAUUUUGACUUGGCACCUUAUAGAGGUAGAUAUGAACAGUUCUUGCCCAUAAACUAAUGAUGUCAUGAAGACACAACACAAAUCAGGAUGCAAAAAAGUAUUUAAAUUUAAUUUAGAUUUCCACAUUAUGUGCUUUUCUUCCCCUCACCCCCAAUUCACUUGUGGACUUUUGCAAAGCUAAAUAUAUGAUGCGUUUAUCAUGUAGCAUCCUGAUUUAAUAUGGCCACAUUAUUUGAAUGAAAAGGCUUACCUUUAAAAUGUUGCCAGCUUGUUGCAAAAUUUUUAUAUAGGUGUAUAUUAAUAUAUAUUUUAUGCCUUGGGGCAUAAAAUUACAUUUUUAAUCUAUCAAAAAAUAAAACUCCAAAAUAUGAUGUACAUUUUUUUCUGCCUAAACACACCAUUCUGUAGCAGAUUUUAAUAUGCCAUGUGCCUUUGAAGUAGCUUACAAUGGGAUCUGGAAGCCAUUAUAUUCUUUAUUCAUGACCUCCUAUUAUAAAACCAUUGAAAAUCUGAAUUUGCUCUCCAGUUUCCAGCAGUUCACAAUUAAAAAUCCCUCUAACUGAGAAUAUGAUUUUCAAGAUUAAAAAGAGAAAUUAUAAUUAAACUAAAGUAAUAGUAAUCAUGUCCUUUGAAGUCCAUUGAGAAUACUACAAGUUUUUUCAGAUUAUCCCUAUUUUUUCUCUCAUUCCCCGUUCCACCCCUACGAUAUUUUGGACUAAAAUGAGAGGUCAUUGACAUGUGAUUUCCCCCUUGUCUCUUUGGGUCUAUUUUUUAAUAUUAUUGAACUUUAACUUGUGAUUUGUCAUGCAAACUAUGUGAAUUGUUAAAAAGCACUCACAGCACAUCAGAGGGAAGUGUACUUCACAUUUUACUUUUCCAGCUGUGAGAUGCUCAUUAAAUGC